CGCCAUGUUACAACGAUGGUCGCAACUAUUUGGAUUCACCUCCCACAAUAGUGCUGCGGCGCCUCCAGCCAAUGAGUGGAUUGUCCAAGAGCGGGCUGUUGAUGAGCACCGCUCGCUGAGAGUCAUCGUAAUUGGGUCAGGAAUUUCGGGCAUUAUCUCUUCGAUCCGACUUCGACAACGGAUUCAGAAUCUGGAUCUCUGCAUCUACGAGAAGAAUACGGAUAUCGGUGGCACUUGGCUUGAGAACAGAUAUCCGGGUUGUGCAUAUAUUCCAGCUCACACAUACCAGGCUACCUUUGAACCCAACAAGGAAUGGUCUGCCUUCUAUGCCGCAGCCCCCGAGAUUCACAGCUAUUGGAAGCGGGUGGCUGAAAAAUAUGGGUGUAUGGAGCAUAUCAAGUUUGAAACGCAAGUCAUUGAGGCCUUGUGGAACGAUGCCACAAGCAAAUGGAUUCUACAGGUUAAAGACCUUGUUAGUGGGUCGACCUACCAAGAUCAAUGUGAUGUGCUCAUGUCGGCUACGGGGGCAUUGAACGAUUGGAAGUGGCCGAGUAUUCCGGGCCUCCGUGACUUUAAGGGGAAACUGAUGCAUAGUGCUAAUUGGGACGAGUCCUAUGACUAUAGCAACCAGAAAGUGGCCGUGAUUGGAAACGGAUCGAGUGGCAUUCAGAUCGUUCCCGGCAUGCUGCCGAAAGUGGCGCAUAUUGACCAUUAUAUCAGAGGUCGCACUUGGCUGGCACCUACCUUCGCCCGAAAUCAGAUCGACAAGCGUGGCACUGAACUCGAAAACUUUUCCUUCUCUACAGAGGAUAUUGCAGCAUUCAAGACGGACCACAACGCCUACCAGAAGUUUCGCAAAGAGAUCGAGCUUGAGCUGCAGUCUAUCCAUGGUGCAACCCUUUUGGGAACCCCUGAGCAGCUAGGCUCUGAAAGUGUCUUCACACAGAAUAUGAAACGACGCUUGCAACGUAAACCGGAACUCCUUGAGAACCUUCUUCCCUCAUUCCCUCCCGCCUGCCGCCGUCUGACCCCAGGUCCUGGCUAUCUGGAGGCCUUGACAGAUGACAAGGUUGACGUCAUUUCAAGCGAUAUUGUUAAGGUGGACUCGAAUGGUAUCAUCACAGCAGACGGUGUGCAUCAUCCCACCGAUGUUUUAGUAUGUGCCACGGGGUUCGAUACCACGUUCACACCCCGGUUCCCCAUCAUUGGGCGCAACGGAUUGUCCUUGUCCCAGCGUUGGGAGAAGACGCCCGAGACUUACCUGUCUUUAGCAGUUGACGGGUUCCCUAAUUACUUUGUCUGUCUCGGCCCGAAUGCGGCCCUGGGCGAGGGAAACCUGCUGCUUCUGAUAGAGAGAGAGAUCGAUUACUUGACGUGCUGUGUACAGAAGAUGCAACGUGACAACAUCCGCGCAAUGUGUGUCCGGAAAGAAGCCGUGGAGCAAUUUAGUCGGCACUGCGACCAGUACUUCUCACGCACCGUGUUUAGUUCGAGCUGCCGCAGCUGGUACAAAGGAGGGCGAGAGAAUGGACGAGUGACGGCACUGUGGCCUGGUUCGUCGCUCCAUGCUCUGAAGACGCUCGCGCACCCACGCUGGGAGGAUUACACGUAUGACUAUGUCGACAACAACCCAAAUGGCUGGAUUGGCGACGGGUGGACCAUGAAUGAGAAGAACAAGGUUAUCAAUGUCGACUAUCUCGACGACGACCAGAUGGACUUCCCU